UAUUUUUUUGGCCGAUUUCAUGGUCAUUGAUCUCAGACUGUUUCGCUUCGCUCCGUCCCGCAGAUGAAAGUAUGAAACCCUAUUUGAGUAACAAAACGCCCCCAGUUCACUCUGUAACGCUGCAAUCCGAGGCCCUGGUGGAGAUGUGAUUUACGCGUUUGUAGGGAUUCGCCCUCGAUUUCGGUGGGUAUACUUCCUGUUUUGUGUUAUUUAGGUUGCGUGACAUGAAGGAUCCUUUGGAGAGGACGAAGGUCGUACUCCGACACUUGCCGCCGUCUCUCACUGAACCUGCUCUCACGGAGCAGAUUGAAGACAAGUUUUCCGGCCGGUACAAGUGGUUCUUCUUUCGGCCGGGCAAGAGCAGCCCAAAGAAUGGUAGAUAUGCUCGAGCUUACAUUGAUUUCAAGAGCCCUGCAGACGUCUUCGAGUUUGCUGAGUUCUUUGAUGGGCAUGUAUUUGUCAAUGAAAAAGGCACUCAGUUUAAGGUUCUAGUAGAAUAUGCUCCAUCUCAAAGCAUUCCAAGUACAUGGAUCAAGAAAGAUGGUCGGGAAGGGUCUAUAUUCAAGGAUCCUGACUAUUUGGAGUUUGUUGAGCUUCUUGCAAAGCCUACGGAAAAUCUCCCCAGUGCUGAAAUUCAGCUUGAAAGGAGAGAGUCCGAAAGAUCUGGUGCAAAGGAGGCACCAAUAAUAACACCACUGAUGGAUUUUGUUAGGCGGAGAAGGGCAGCUAAGAGUGGAUCUCAGAGAGCAUUUGGUAAUGGAAAACCAAGUCGAAGAGCUUUAGUUGGUGGUAAUAGCUCUAGUCCUUCCUCUAGACGUUGUUCUGAGAAGCGAAGAGGGCCCUCCUUAAAGUAUAUUUCAAAGGACAGUACAAAGAAUGGUUCUGGCAAGGAAAAGCCAACUUACAUGUUAGUGACAAGAAGGGAUGAACAACGUUCUGAGAAACCCCCUAAAUUUCCAUUUUCAAAUAUUGAAGAUGACAUUCAGGAUGAAACAGGGACUGUUACAAAUGGAAUUGUAUCCGGAGUUUCUGUUGCUGUGGAAACCGGGAAAAGGGCACUUUUGCUUUUGAAAGGAAAAGAACGUGAAGGUUCUCAUAUUCAGCGGCUUGAGGUGCCUGGAAGAAUUAUUAAAAGCAUAUUAUCCAAGGAAGGGAAUCAGGUGUCGGCAUCUCAACCAGAUCAUCAAUUUAUUACGGUUAACAUAGAGAAUGACAAGCGCCCUCCCCGACCACCUGUCCAGCAGUCAAAUUUGAAGGAUCAUGCUUCCAGUUCACUACACACUUUUGUUUCUGAUGCUGAUGGAAAAUCACAUAAAGUUGAUAAGGCUGCUUCAAGUGAAUUGUAUGCUAAUGUAUCCAUCAGGGAUAAUAAGAUUGAAAAACGCAUGAGAAAUAAAGAUAGACCUGAUCGUGGGGUAUGGGCACCCCUUCAUCGCUCUGAUGUUUUUCAAGGACACGUCACUAAUUUUCUCCCAAGCAAUGAAAUAGGAGCGGGUCAUAGAAAUAAGAAAUUUGAUACUCCAGGUGGUAAUAGAAGUUCAGAAUCUAAGAGGCUUGGAGUUGGACGAGGGCAUCAUGCUUCUUUGGACAAUGGUGUCACUAGGCAUGCAGUCCGUCGGGGAAUGACACAUGGUUCAAAAGAUUUGGAUGUCUCUGCAAGUACAGCGGAGGCUAAGCCAUCAAAAAGAGGCCCUAUUCCAUAUGAAAAACAAGUAUGGGUUCAGAAGAACGGCUCUGCUUCAUGAUUUUCCCUUGUAAUCUUUUUUCCCUUAACUCGGAUACCGUUCUGCAUUGGGUUUCUGUAGCCGAUGACAGGAAAUCACAGUUGCACAUAUUCAUAUCUGGCAUUAUGAUUUUUUGCCGCUACAAAUGAUCACUAUGGCAUUUCUAUCGUAUAGUUCACCUGGAAGAUCUCCUAUGAUGGAAUUUUCACUAGCCGAGCAGUUCAUGCAUGACUGAUUCUGCUUUUGCCCCUUUGAUGUAUGAAGGCUUGUUCCUCGAUUUCUGAAAGAGUUGGAAGCACCUACUAUCCUUAAAAAGGCUUACAAUGUAAGCUGCUCAGUGUGAAUGAGACUGUGCAGGAUUGUUAGUUCUUUCUCUCUUUGCAACUGCGACGAUGUAGGAGCCCUUUUUCAGGCUAGGCUAUUGGAUUGGCCAAAGAACAUAAUUAUACCCCGGCAUUGGUCAGAGCUGCCAUGAUUACAAUUGCUUACCUUGUACUUAGUAACUGCAGUAAAUAGAGCUACUUAUCUGUGUUUCAUUGGAAGUAGUUAUACCCACAGCACCACAUCAAGUUGAGUUGGCUUCACAUUAGCCAACCAACUGACAGUGGAAAGCGCAAAUUGCUGUGGCUUUCAAAGAUUGUGUUUUUGGUGGGCUUUUAGUUUGCUUUGUGAAUUUGAAUGCUGAAAUCUAAUUACAUAUAUAUAUAAAGUUGUACAUUUUUCUUCAA